AUGAAAUCAAGCGAUUUAAUGUGUUUAGUUUGUGGUGCUCCAUCAACUGGCUUUAAUUUUUCCGUUAUAACCUGUAUGUGUUGUAAAGCAUUCUUCCGUCGUAAUGCUUUAUAUGGUUUGGAAUCCUAUCAAUGUCGUUAUCUAGCAGAAAAUUGUACAAUUAAUAUGCGAACACGUCGUGAUUGUUCUUAUUGUCGUUUAAAGAAAUGUUUUGAAGUUGGAAUGAAAAAAGAAUUAAUCUUAACAGAUGAUAUUAAACGAUUAAAACGUGAAAAAAUAACGGCGAAUCGAAAAUUAAAUUCAAUAUUAAUGAAUCGACAACAUUUUUCAAUUGAAAAUGAUUUAACAUAUUUAAAAAAUAUCUCGAAUAUCUAUGAAGAAUAUUGUCGUUCACCAAUAAUGACUUAUGAAAAACGUGAAUAUGAAUUAGUUUGUCAUUUACCAAUAAAAACAAGAAUUAAACAUCAACAUUAUUUUGAAUUUUAUCAAAAACAUAAAACAACAUUAUUUAAUUUUUUUCAACAUUUACCUGAUUUUCAACAAUUUUCAAUUGAUGAACAAAAAGCAUUAUAUUCACAUAAUACAAGAUUUCUACUAAGACUUAAUUCAAUUGAAACAAUGGAUGAUUCCUAUCCAUUAUGGGGUGCAAUUAAUCUUUUACUUGAAAUGAUUUAUGGUAAAUCACUUAUUGAAAGUAUUGAUCUAUGUUUGCAUCAAUUUAAAUAUCGUAUUAAUGAUUCAAGAUGUAUUCAACUGAUAUUAAUUAUUUCACUUUUUUCAACAUCUAUGGGAUAUAAUGGUAAUAUUAGUUCAUUAAUUUUAUAUAAAAUUCAAGAAAAAUAUACGAAUUUAUUGUGGUCUUAUUUAAAAGAACGUUAUGGUGAAUUGAUAGCAUACCAAAAAUUAUCACAAAUAAUUCAUUAUUGUCUUCAUUUACAAACUAUUAAUCAUUUAAUGGAUAUGAAAAUUCAAGAUGUACAGUGGCAAGAGCUUUUAAUAUCAACCCAGUAA